AUCCUCUUUAACUACUCAUCCUAAACUUCUUUCAUACAAUGGAAAAAUCAAACAGCUCUUAUAAUAGCUCUGAACAAGCAACUCAAAGCACUCAACAAGUACCUUCUACUGAGGGCGGGUUCUGGUCUCGGUUGACCUCGAUACCACUUGUGCAGGAGAGUCUGGGGAAGAUGCACCAUUAUGCAAACCAAACCACACUGAGCAGAUAUGCACUCCAGCAGGCAGAAACGACGCUCACAAGGGCCACGGAGAUCGCAUCCCCUUAUGCCAACCGUUACAAGAACCAGCUGGAGCGUGCUGAUGCUAUUGGAUGCAAGUCGCUUGACUUACUCGAUGGUGUACGUGAUCGGAUCGACUCGACCCUUAUCACAGUCACUGCACCAGUCAACAAGCAGAUCAUACACGCAGCCGACAAUAUCGAGUCUCUUGUAGACCGAUGGUUACCGCCACCAAAAAAAGCAUCUGAGCGGCAGCAAGAGCAGCCGUAUGCACCAGCCGAAUACCCACCCACACCACCGCAACAAAACAGUGAUAGUGAAGACGAAGAAGAAGAAGAGUAUGAUGAUGAAAGAGGCCGAGAAAGACGAUCAAGACAAAGACAAAGAGGAGAAUAUGAUGAUGCUGAAAAAGCCAGCCAGCGAUUCUAUCAACUUGCAAAUGACGUCUCCCAGCGUCUUGCUCAGCGCAUGCCAAGUUCGAGAGCCGACAUUGCCCGCCUGGCAGAGACCAGCCGGCUCUUGCAGGAAACCGCUGGCCAGAUCGCAAAGAUAAACGCUAGUCUCCAGACAUGGAUUCUGCACUCUCGCCAUCUGGCCGGUGAACGCGUCCAGGAAAUCACGCACCAGAUCAAGGGAAACUACGGACAGACGAUCACUCAGGAACGCAUCCAUGACCUAACUGUUGAACUUGUCCAUCGCCUCGACCAUGCCUCUGAAUACAUCAAGGAACAAAGCGUACGCCUGCCUACAUUUAUGCAAUCCCGCCUCGACCCACUCCUUGGCUUUGCUACUCAUGAAUAUGGUAUUAUCCGUGCCGAAGCAAUCCGUUCCGACCUGCCUCCCCUCCAGAAAGCCACAAACAUCGUCAACCUCACCCAGGCCUUUGUCUUGCCCGUCCUCCAGACUUCGAUCGACAGCUUCCAGGAACAGGUCCGCUACUACACUGUCUAUGCAUCAACAUCCAAAGAUAAGGUUGUAAAUGACAUCAAGGCAACCAUUGGAAUUGUGGCAUAA